ACAAGCUCUAAGAUCACAAGAAUUGAAGUAGCAGGUGGCUGUGUAUUGCUGCUGCAUAUACCACCACUCUGUUCCUUUCUUUCUUUCCCUUGCUACACGCAAAAUGCUACUCUCCCGUGUGCUCCCCUCAAACACCACCCUCCUCCCCGCCUCCUCCCGCACUCGCGCAGCCCCUCUCCGGUGCCACCGCGUCCCUGUCGGCCGUGCCAUUACCGUCCCUGUUCGCUGCCGUUCCACCAUGACCAUCCAAGCCCGCGACACGCCCCCUGUUCUUGAUAUCGAGCCGCAGCCGCUUAAGCUCCUCGACCGCGGCACCAAGCUCAAGAUCGCCGUCAUCGGCUUCGGCAACUUCGGCCAGUUCCUUGCCCGCACCUUCGCCGCCCAAGGCCAUGAGGUACUCGCGUACUCGCGCACCGACUACUCCGACACCGCCCGCUCCCUCGGCGUGGCAUUUUUCGACAACCAGCACGACCUCUGCGAGCAGCACCCCGACGUCCUCCUCCUCUCCACUUCCAUCCUCUCCGCCGAGGCCGUGCUCCGGUCUCUGCCCAUCCAGCGCCUCCGCCGCAGCACUCUCUUCGUUGACGUCCUCUCCGUCAAGGAGUUUCCCAGGAACCUCUUCCUCCAGCUGCUGCCCCCGGACUUCGACAUCCUGUGCACGCAUCCCAUGUUCGGCCCCGAGAGCGGCAAGCACGGCUGGGCCGGGCUCCCGUUCGUCUACGACAAAGUCCGGAUCGGCGACUCCGACGACCGGGUCGAGCGGUGCCACGCGUUCCUCGAGAUCUUCGAGCGGGAGGGCUGCCGGAUGGUCGAGAUGUCGUGUGCAGAGCACGACGAAACGGCAGCAGAGAUCCAGUUCUUGACGCACACCAUAGGCAGGGUGCUCGCGAAGCUGGACCUCAAGUCCACGCCCAUCAACACCAAAGGUUACGAAACCCUACUAAAUCUGGUGCAGAACACCUGCAGCGACAGCUACGAGCUGUACAAUGGGCUGUUCAUAUACAACAAGAACUCCACCGAGCUGAUCGAGAAGCUGGACGGCGCCUUGGACGGGAUGAAGAAGGAGCUCUUUGAUCGCUUGCAUGGCAUCUUUAGGGAGCAAUUGUUCGACAGCUCAGGUAGAAGGCCCAUUGACGUGGGCAACUGAAUCAUGAGGACAGACCGAUCGUACCUUCUCAUUGGGUGAUGGCAGACGACUACCACAACACGUCAAGAGUGCCCACGAUCAACUCCGUCAAAAUUUAGCUCAUGUUCUCUCCACUUUGUGUCAUGUACUGUUCACAAAGUUGGAUCCACUGUGCUUCUCCUGUAGGCUGUAAACUGCUCUCUAGUACUCGGCAAUAAUUCAUCCCAAGGAUUCGUUGUGCAUGUAACAAAUAAUAGGUUGGUAACAAUAAAUAAGCGAUGUCAGCUUCUUUAUUA